AGAAAAUUAGUCGAGUGAGGAGUUCAAAGACCUCGCUCGAAAAGUUCGGUUCUUUCGCUCAUAUCAGUGAGGAUAGGACGUUUAUACAUUAGAUACCUGCUCAUUUUAUCCACCUACAAUCUGCUGUUUGCACGAUGCUGUUAUCGGUGCCUGCAACGCAGAAAAGUGGCUCUCAUGGGGUCAGGACACAACAGAACCCUUUCGUGAUCCCCAAAGACAACAUGUUUCUCAUCAGAAACACAGAGAAAGCUCAGAAAAAAACAAGAGAACUGCAACUUCCUGUCCAUGAGAAGAUGACCUACAAAGGCAGAAUGAGGGCCAGGCAGUCAGAAUUGAGGAAGACUCUAAGAGAGGACCUGGAGGAAGAAAAAGACCAUGCUCCAACCCACCCACGCACCACUGCCCAGCUUCUCCAAGACACACCUGCAUGCAAAUUUGUCAUGAGAAAUCAUAACAUUGGAAAAGAUACCGUACGUGAGUUCAUUAAUGGGAAGCGAGAGUUGUUCUACCUGGAGCACACUCUGGCAAUAAAGAGAGAACAGAUCCAGCAGCUAAAGGAGGUGUCAGAUCGUGAAAAGGAGGAGUUGGCAAGAGCUGAAAAACACCUAGAGGAGGACAACAUCUUGUUUGAAGCGUUUCUCCUAGAAAGCCAUACAAAUGCCAUGGAGGCCAUAGAACUUGCAGAGCAGGAGAGCAAUGCCAAGAUGGAGAAACUAGAUGAAAUCAGGAGGAUCACUGCCAAGAUAAUGGCCAUUAAGAGUGACAUCGCUCAAUAUGAGGAAAUACUGCAAGAGUACAAACACUAUAAGGACGUCCUGUUUAAGCUUUCUCCUCCUGAGUGGCAGGAAAUUCAGAGAGCAAAAAAGAGAGGCUCUAACUCAGCCUCUUCCGUUAGCGAGAAAGAGAGUGAAGGGAAGAGCAGUGAGACAAAGACAGGGAAGAAGACCUCCCUGCCGGACAUACGCAGAGAAAAAAGCUCGACUGGGUCUCGAGAGCUGCUACCACUUCGUGAGGCCAGGGCUCCAUCCAGACACAGUGUGAAGUCAACUCUUCAGAAUUCCUCAAAAAUGAGUUCUCCGUUUGAAACAGACAGCUCUGACUCUGAGGAAGAGCCAGAACUCUACUUCACUGAGCCCCAACAGCUGCUGCACAUUCAGAAGGAGCUGAGGGAACAGAACCUCUCUCUGCUCGAGAACGUGAAGGAGAUUGAGGAGAGCCUCGAGGAGCUCACACGGACCGUGGAACAAACUGAGAACAACAUGGAACAUGAGAUAAGCCAGCGUAAGCAGCAGAUUGAUGCUAUAAUGAAGACCAUUAAGGAAGAGAAAGAGAGAACUGCUGAAAUAGAGGUCAAAGUCAAAAUGGCCAACUUUGGACAAAACAAAACAAAAGAGGACAUCGCUCUGAACAUACUGGGCCGUAAGGUGGAGGAGCUGUAUCGGAGCUUUACAGGAGACAUGCUUGCCAACCUGGGUACGGUGCAUAUGCUGAUGGCCAUUGAGGGCAAGCUGUUAAUGUUGCUGGACAACAUAGAGAUGAUUCCUGCUGACAAGGUCAACAUGGCUGUAAGAGCCAGGGAGAAGGAGAGGAAACUCAGACUACAAGAAGAGAAGCUCUUUCUGCAGAAACAGCACCAGGAACAGAGAAGGAAGAAAGCUUUGGAGAGAGCUCAGGCCGAGAUCAAGAGAAUGACGGGAAGGAAGCUGAUGCCACGCUCCCUGCCACCUCUUCGCAAGCCCAAGAACAACCAGCAGGAUGACAUCAUAGACAAGGAGAAGGAAGACUAUCUUUACUUCUUCACUUAAAGCACCAUGACACACCUACACGUGUACAUUCACAAUUAGUUUGACCAAAAAUUCAACCCCUAACCUCUACCAACAUGUAGUCAUCUUAAGCUUGUGUAUGGUUUAUGGAACUCAUUGCAACACCAUGAAAGGUUAUUGCUGCUAACAAGGCAUGAAUGCCAAUAGCCAUGAGUUUGAAGUAAUUUAUUUGAAAUGUGUGCGGAGCCAGUGCUGGUUCUGACCUUCUCAGGGCCCUAUGCAAACAUUGACAUAGGGGUCCCCAUCCUACACAAUUUAUCUUCAUCAUUUACCUAAGAUAAACUUUGCCAUGCACCCCUAAACGCAUUACAGAAACAUAACAGGCAUUUUAUAUUACACUGUAGAAGUAUAGAAAUCUGUAUUUCAUUACCUGUACACUACAUAGGGUGCACUGACCCUUUUCAGACUAACCUGCUAUUAGCUGCCUUCUCUAUUGCUAUCUCACAUUCAGCAUGCUGUUACUCAGCCUUCAAGGGUAAUGGUGCUAUGAAGCCACACCCCCUACUGCUACUAACUUCGUAUUGUUUACAGAUGGUUUUUUUAAAGUCAUCCAUAUUGCAAGUGCAUCACAAAUUCUUUAGGCUUAUUUAGGAACACUGUGAUAUUUAGAAACGUACAAUAGACAUAUUUAUAUGUUUUAAUAUGACAUCACUAUUGCCAUGGAUGACAGCCUUGGCAAAUGAGGUGUAGUUUGUAUAUAUGAAGAAAGGGCACUGCAUGGAGUAAUAGAUGUAAGGAAUGGCAUUCUAGCAAUUUUAUAAGGCUAUUAUAUACUGACUUAGAUACUAGCAUUUAAUCUGAUUUUCUUUACAAAAUUCUCAAAAUCACAGUACAAAAACGCCAAACCUAUCUGAGUCAACCAUACCCGACAGUAGCAGAAAAUAUGUAACGUAAUGAAAUUUGUCAUGUACAACUACACAAUUUUAUUUCUUCAUAAGAACCAAUUUAAAGGGAACACCUUUAAAAAUAGCUAGUUUACUUUUUAUAUGUAAAAAUAAUAAUGAAGUUUAGCAAAGUCCUAGGAAGACUGAAGAAAUUCCAUGUUAGAAGACAGGUAGCCAGGUUUAUUUACACUCACACCAAGAACCAAUAAUUAUAACAAUCUCAAAUGUUCAGAAAUUCAUAAGUUACAAAUGUACGCAUUUUAUAAAAAAGUAGCAUUUAAUAUUACUUUCAUACAUAAACAUAGAAUGUGAACAACUUUAUCUUUGUUUUACAUACCACACAAAAGCCAUAAAAAUAUAAAGAAAAUUAUAACAGAAAAAGUGUAAGAAAGCACUUCUUCCAUGGUUGUGGAUGAUGCCUUUUCAGAAAAAAUUCAUAAGCUCAAGAUUGAGAAACAAUGUCCCUGUCAAAACAGCUACUGAGAAGUAGCUUGAAAAUCUUCAUUUUCUUCCUUAAGUAAGCUGUUCCACAAACUAGUAACCACCUCAGAUCCCAGUGUUACACAACUAUAGGGUAAGAGGCAUAUGCAGUUUUAAGAGGUUUGAUUCCUAAUUCAUGUGAAGCCUACUAGGCAUUGCAGUUUUGUUAACAUUACCAUGUCUCAUAUAAACACAGCAAGAAAGGAUGUAGUCUAUUAAGCACUGUAUAACAAACUGUUACAAUGAAUUCUUGUAACAAAUUUAUGACAGCUUAACACCCAAUAAAACUGAACCCAACAGUAUUCCAUUAACAGUAUGUGAUAGUGGAACUGUAGAUAGGGAGAGGUAAAAUAUGGAAUUUCUCCUAGCAAUCAUAGCAUUCCACCUCUACCAGUACAUGAUACUGGGUCUGUGCCUAAAUCACUAUUGUGCUAUAUCACCAGCACAUAUUUUCAAAAAAGUAAAUGUUAAAGGUAUUUUGCUUCUGGUUGUGUGGUAAUGGAUGAGGGGAAACUAUGUUGCAUUAUUCCAACAUAAAUACAAAAACAGGAAUUCUAAAACAAACUGGCCUACAAUGAUCAGAAACAGCUCCUAAAAACUGCCCAGAGACAAGGCCUCGCCCUUCAUUCUCCAUUAGUGGAGUCUUUAAAAUUGCACCACAGAGAGGAGAUGCCUUCAAAACAGAUUCCUUCAUGUCUUGAGGAGACGGAAAGGCAGAGUGUGACAGGCAGAGAGAGGGACAGGACUAUGAGUGUGGCCCUCAGGGUCUCCUGCUGGUGCUCUGGUGCAUAGUCACUCCAGGUCCUGCAGGUUGAUCGUGCUGCCAGUAAACUGGGAGUUAUCGGAUCCGUUGUCAUCUUCAGUCAUGGCUGAAGGCUCCUGAUCAGAAACAUACACGCAAGUCAGUGCAGAACCGUCUACUGACAAGACACGCUACAAAAAUUGUUACAUUACCCUGGGCAAAAGCUAAGUUCCAUGUGUUGCAUAAAACAGGGAAGGCUAAACUAAGCUGCACAGUAUUUAGAAAGCUGUUAAAGAAUGGAAUUUCUAACCAGACUCAUUGCUUAGAAUAGAUAAAGCAACAUUUAAAAAAGUAAUUACACAUUAUAUGAAAUAUU